AUGCCUCUUUCUCGUAAAGAAUUGGAAGAUUCCACAAAAGCCGAUUUUGCAAAGGCCAGAGCAUAUACAGUGGCCCUGUCCCAUCCAUCCAUCGAAUUGCUUCCUCCUCCACUCGUCAGGUCACUUUCUGUACCUGCCACAAACGGUGGUGACAAAGUCCCUUUAAACAAUGUGGAACCCCUCAUAGAUUUACUCAGUGAGGCUUCCAAAGAAGAUGUCAAGUUAGGUUCUGGAAUUCAUGACUUUGGGAAAGAUUAUGCCUCAUGCAAACUUGCAGAUACUCAAUUCCCAGAUUCAACGUUUCCAAAUAUCACCUUCCAGGAUACAAUCUUUCCAGAUCUCGAUCCGACAGCAUCCACUGAAACAGUACGGUUACAUCCACUCAACGAAAUACUGCCACUCAGCAAGCACUCUGGUCCUUCAAUUCAGAACUCGCCACACUCGCACAAAGAAGACACCAAAACGGCUACUCCCAAAGAAUGCGACCAAAGUGAGAAGUCAGCUCCAGAUAGUAUCCGCAAAGAAAGAGUAAUGGUCAUUAUUGCAUUUGCCUGUAUGAUCGUGUUGUGUCUGGUCCUAAUUCCUGCUAUUCUCUUGGCCGUGUGUGGGUCUCGUCUUUCUCUGUGGAAUUAUUACAAUUCACUUGACGUGGCCGCCCAAAGAGCACUAGUUGAGAAAAUGAAUGCAGUUCUCAUCCUGACGGAGACACCUUAUAACGGCGAAAACACUCCGCGAGAGUUGAUCUUCGAUGGAAUUGUAUACUCUCCCAGAAAUACCAUGGAGCCGGCGUGUGGUUUCACCCAACAAGAUGCCAACUUGGAUGUGGCACUACUCUCUUCUGUCACGAGCAAAAUUAGAACGUAUGGUACUCAGUGUAACCAAGCCACAUAUAUUCUCAAUGGAAUGCACCAGAUGGGCUUGAACAUGACCAUCAUGCUUGGAGUAUGGAUUGGAGAAAACUCGGAUGAAAACGAGUUGCAACUAAAAGAGGCAAAAUCGUUGCUUUCCAAAUACCCGCUGAGGUAUUUUGAAAGCGUCAUGAUCGGCAAUGAGGCGUUGUAUCGAGGCGAUAUCUCUGAAGCAAAACUCAUUGAUGCUAUUCAAGAAAUGAAAGAGUUUCUAUCAAAUCAAAACCUAAAUGUUCCAGUGGGAACGUGCGAGAUGGGUUCCUUCAUCACGGAAAAGUUGCUUGGAAGUCUGGAUAUUGUGGGCGUCAAUGUGCUUCCAUUUUUCACGGGUCUAUCGGUUGAAGAUGCUGCUCAAUGGGUCGGAGAUUACCUCGCGACAUAUAUUGUUCCGCUCAACAAAAACAACUGCUCUCUCAUAAUUUCAGAGGUUGGAUGGCCAUAUUCUGGUGGCUCGUAUCAUGAGUCCAUAGCAGACCCAGCAAUAUUUCAAGAUUUUCUCAGAACUUGGGUAUGCAACACAUCCAAGUCCUUGCAAGGAGUUGAUUCGUGGUACUACUAUGAAGCGUUUGAUGAGCCCUGGAAGGCAAUCUUUCAUGAUAACGACAACAAAUGGGAAACUGAGUGGGGGAUAUUUGGGCAAUACCGUGAUAUGAAAACAAACGUGUCUUUUCCAACAUGCUAG